AUGGAAACACGUACCCAAGAACUUAAUCCUAGUUUUAGUCGUCGAUCCAGGACGGAAUUAACUGGAAACCGAACGCGACAUUUAAUCACGUUCAAUCCGAAUUCGGCAAAACCCGGGGAAGAAAUAUACGUGAAUAUUCCCAAACUCAAACCGGAUUCUGUUCUCGUUCCCGAUAGUAUGGCUUUAAUUUUCGACUUUAAAAAUGCCAACGAAAAAUCAUGGUUCCGAAAUAAUUUAGGAAAAUUAUUACAGAAAAGAUUGGAGAUUCGUCUUGCCGGUGAAAAAGUCUACGAUAACAGCGGUGAAAGUUUACUGGAAAUUUACAAAGACUUGUGGAUGGAUGAAAAACAACGCGCGGAUAUGAUUCAGGAUGGAAUUACGACCGAAGCCGUUCGUAAAAAAAAUUCCAAAGACGACGAGGCGAAUGCCGAUGCCGAUGCGACUGCAUUGUUUGGAAUUUUUGGAACGAAACAACGGUUGAAGAUUACAAAAAUUUUAGGCGAUCACGGAUUGUAUGCACCGUAUCAUUCGGCCAACGAUCUUCAAUAUGUGAUCACGUUACCACAAGCGUCCGAAAUCAUGAAUGCCCAAGGCGGUGAAACCGUCGAUGGAUAUUCCCUGGAAAAUUUAGAAUUAGAAUACGAAUCUAUCGAAAACGUCAAUCUUGCACGAUAUCUUUCGAGCAUGCCACGUUGA